GCUACUUUCUACACCCCCCUAUUUACUUUUUUCACCCCCCUCCUCUCACAUACUUACAGGUGGGGCCUGCGUGGGACCGACAGUUUUCCUCUCACAAGAGGGGUGUAAUCAGGAAGGAGGGGGGUGUGUAUAGAAUGGGCCUAAUACAUACAUUGCUGCAAAAGUGCAAAUAUAUACGUUAAUCGUCUUCUCCUUCGUUUCAAUUUCUCUCUCUCUCUCUCUUCUUUUAAAUCUCUGAUACUCACUCCUUGUUCUCCACGAUUCCUCUUAAAGUUUGUUCAUCAAAUCACAGUAGUUCAUCACACAUUAAUGGCAGAUAAAAUUCAAGAACCGGAAACCCUAACCAUGAACACAAAGCUCUUAGACCGUGAUCCCGAUCAAACAGUAGAAGAAUCAGAGCAAAUUCUUCCUAUUUUCGAAAAAUUGAGCAACAGAGUAACGAAUUUGAGAAAAGAGCAGAUCGAACUAUGCAAUGAAUUCAAAAGUAUAACUGCUGAUUCUUUUCAUGGAUCUGAGGUUUUUGAUGCUCUUCAGAGUCUUGGUGAGGAACACGAGACGUUAAAGAAAAAGUAUCAAGAAGAAUGUCAAAUGUUAAAGAAUAGAUGCCAGUUAGAGUGCUCAGAGAGAAGGCGUUUAUAUAACCAAGUGAUUGAACUUAAAGGCAACAUUCGAGUUUUUUGUAGAUGCAGACCGAUGAACCAUGAUGAGAUUUCCAAAGGGUCAAGUUUGGUUGUUGAUUUCGAUUCAGCUCAGGAGAAUGAGUUGAAGAUGAUUGGGCCCGAUUCAUCUAGAAAACACUUCAAGUUUGAUCAUAUAUUUAGACCUGAGGACAACCAAGAGGUUGUGUUUGCACAAACGUCACCUCUAGUAGUGUCGGUACUUGACGGAUUCAAUGUGUGUAUCUUUGCAUAUGGACAAACUGGAACCGGAAAGACGUUUACAAUGGAAGGAACUGCUGAAAACUGGGGAGUUAACUACCGUACUUUGAACGAGUUAUUCAAGGUAUCUAACGAAAGGAGUGAUAUUAUGAAAUACCAACUAUUUGUAAGCAUGUUGGAGGUCUACAAUGAGAAGAUAAAAGACCUCUUAGUUGAAGAUACCGACCAUCCUACUAAAAAGUUGGAGAUAAAGCAAUCAGCCGAAGGAACCCAAGAAGUUCCGGGGCUAUCUCAGGUGCGCGUGCACAAGACCGAUGAAGUUUGGGAACUGCUUAAGAGCGGGAGUCGUGUACGUUCGGUUGGAUCAACCAAUGCUAAUGAGCUUAGUAGCCGUUCUCACUGCUUACUGCGAGUGACGGUUCUUGGGGAGAAUUUGGUGAACGGACAGCGAACUAGAAGUCAUCUUUGGCUCGUAGAUUUGGCGGGAAGUGAGCGAGUGGGAAAAACCGAGGUUGAAGGGGAAAGACUGAAGGAAUCACAGUUCAUAAAUAAAUCCCUUUCGGCAUUAGGAGAUGUAAUAUCUGCUCUUGCGUCAAAAAACGCUCACAUCCCGUACAGGAAUUCGAAGCUUACCCAUAUUCUGCAGAGGUCUUUAGGAGGUGAUUGUAAGACACUGAUGUUUGUCCAAAUUAGCCCAAGUUCAGCGGACCUCGGAGAAACCAUUUGCUCGUUAAAUUUUGCAAGUCGCGUGAGAGGCGUUGAGCAUGGCCCUGCUCGCAAACAAACAGAUGUCAAUGAGCUUUUCAAGUAUAAGCAGCUGGCAGAUAAAGCAAAGCACGAUGAGAAAGAAACAAAGAAAUUACAGGAUAGUUUACAGUCUGUACAAGUACGUCUUAUUGCUAGAGAACACGUAUGUAAAACUCUGCAAGAAAAGGUUCGGGAUCUUGAAAACCAAUUAGCUGAGGAGCGGAAAACGAGACAGAAACAAGAGAAUCGAGCUCUUGCGGUGGCUUCUUCACACUCUUUACUUUCUUCAAUGAAACAUAGUCUGAGUACUAUAUCAGAAAAGAGACCGCCUUCAAAGAUGAGACUUCCUCUCAGAAGAAUCAGCAGUUUCAUGCCAUCCCCAGCUACCACACAAAUACCGAGACCCUUUACUGCAUCACGUUUCUCAAACGAGGACAUAGAGAAUCGUUCAAGACCCGCAUCAAACUUUAAACCGCUUUCAAGAGCCCUCCAAGGAUCAUUCACUAGUCAAAUAAAGCCAAAAAGACGGGCCUCUAUUGCCACCUUUCAUUCUGAACCAAGCUCAAGCUCGAGCACGAUGACCACUCCCAUCACCAGAUCCAGUGCUGCACCUAGGAUGAGGAGUGACCGAGUGGUGGGCAGGAGGCAAUCGUUCGUGUGGCGCACGCAGCAAUCUCCUUUGUGUCCAUCAUCAGCGUUUCGGUCAAUGACAGUUGAGGCAACACCAGUGGCUGCACCGAGAAGCAGUAGGUUUAUGGGGAGCCCUCAUUCUCAUAUUGUUGGAUCGUGGAAACCAAAGCAUCCGACGGUUGUGGCCUUGCAACAAAAACAGUUGGUCUGGAGUCCGUUGAAAUACCGAGGCACCAAGGGAGUUAGGAAGCCGUUUGUGUGAUCAUGAGUCAACCUAGUUUACAAUUAACAUAUAUAACUUUGGUGUUUGUGUUUUGUUUUGUUCCAUUCUUUUAUUCAUGGUAUAUCAUUAGAAUGUAUGCUUGAUAAUUCUCAAAAUGUUGGUAAAA